AUGCACGAUCUAAACUACUAUGUUCUCAACAGGGAUAAGCGUGCCCAAUGGAAUGAUGACCACAUUAUGGGAUUAGCCCUGCCUGCUCCCAAAAACAUCCCAACAAGCUUUCCAACAAAGCAGAAAGCUGAGCAGGAGCACACAGACCAUCAACAGACUGCUGCUGCCGCCGCACUUUCCACUGCAGCACAGCCCCCCGUGCCGCCUCUGCCCCAACUCCCAUACUCUACAUACCCAAUCAUGUACCCCAUUGUUCCCUUUCCUAGUCAACCAUCCAUAUUCCUCCCUCAGCAUCCUACUUCCUCUCCUCCUAUUGCCACCCUUACACCGGUACCUGCUGCAAAGUUGUCACUGAAGUCUCAAUUAAAUGAAAGAGCAGAAAAACUACUUGGAAUAUGCUGCCAAUGCAAUACACUGAAUCCUGACAAGGUGACAACAGAAGCAAGUCUCCAUCUACCUGUUGACUGUGCUCCCUCGUUUGUGCUCGAAAAGAUUGAAGAAGGAAUGGGUGUCAAUGUGGCCAAACAUGAGAUUGGCUACCUUCCAACCUUUGAUGGAAAGCGACGAUGCGAUACACCGGUCCAACUCAAGACUGUAGAGCACAUGGAAAAGGCACUGCAUGAACUGCAUGAUUGCUUGUCGCGGGCCCGGACCAAUAAAAAACUAUACAUUAUCAAUAUGUACCCAAAGCUGAAGACCUUGGGAAACGUGGAAAAGGCCGUUGUAACAAUACAGUAA